AUGAAUCUAUCGCACCGUGUUGGCUCGAGGCUCAAGACGGCGAGACUCAACGUUUCGUCUCACGACGGUAAUCGUUCCUUCGCCGCCGCAGCUUCCGUCGUCAUGCCGCCGUGCUCCGGUCCGGUAGCCGUUAUAUUCCUUUUCGCCAUUUCCAUCUCCUGCUUCGUCCUCUACAAAUCCGCUGAAUCUCUCCACAUCGUCCAUGGCUCCUCCUCCUCGAUUAUCUCUCGCAUUCUACCGUCUUACGAUUCCUUCAAGUCUCUGGAAAUUGAAGAACCUCAGCUAGAAGAUGUUCUGCGUAGAGCUGCAACGAGAGACGGUACAGUGAUUUUGACAACUUUGAAUGAAGCCUGGGCAGCUCCAGGAUCCGUCAUCGAUCUCUUCUUCGAGAGUUUCGGAAUCGGCCAAGGAACAAGCAUGCUUUUGAACCACCUGGUGAUAGUAGCUCUGGAUGCUAAAGCCUAUUCCCGUUGCCGAGAGCUGCAUAAGCAUUGUUUCAGCCUUGAAACAGAAGGGGUUGAUUUCUCCGGCGAGGCUUACUUCAUGACUCGUUCUUACCUGAAAAUGAUGUGGAGAAGGAUCGAAUUCCUUCGGUCUGUUCUUGAAAUGGGCUACAACUUCGUUUUCACGGAUGCUGAUGUGAUGUGGUUCAGGAACCCUUUCCCGAGGUUUUACAGGAAUGCUGAUUUCCAGAUUGCUUGUGACCAUUACCUAGGAAGGUCGAACGAUCUUGAGAACAGACCGAACGGAGGGUUUAGCUUCGUGAGGUCCAAUAACCGGACCAUACGCUUCUACAAGUUCUGGUACGCUUCACGGAUCAAAUACGCGGGAUAUCACGACCAGGACGUUCUUAAUUUCAUCAAGAAGGAACCUUUCGUCUCGCAUAUCGGGGUUAGGAUCAGGUUCUUGAACACGGCGUAUUUCGGUGGACUAUGUGAGCCAAGCAAAGAUAUGAAUCUUGUUCGUACGAUGCAUGCAAAUUGCUGCUUCGGUAUGGAUAGUAAGCUUCAUGAUCUUAGAAUCAUGCUUCAAGAUUGGAGAGACUUCAUGGCUUUGCCACUUCAUCUUAAACAGUCCUCUGCUUUCUCCUGGAAAGUCCCACAGAAUUGCAGGAAGAAGAAAGAGAAAGGGAAGCCAAAGUUUUGUAAAAUCAUGGAUCGUUCUUAUAGAGACGCAUAG